AUGCCGACCAAGGAGCAAUGUUCUCUGCUACAUCAACUCUACCUCAGCACAUGGGAAACCGUCUUUGGGAAUUGGAUGUCGAGAUAUGGCUGUCCUUUCAUGUUCGGUGAUGAAAAUGUUCCCGAGCUGUCCGUCAGUAUAUCUGCGCUGUGCGUUCAACUGGACUCCUGGAUGAUCACAGCAACCGAAACAUCAAGUCCAAAGCCCUACACCAGGGUUGUGAAGCUGGCCAGCGACGACGAGAGGGAGAGCAAGAUUCGCCAGUCCUUGGAUCUGGCAAUCUGGUCUUAUGCAGCGAGGUGGCUGCCCCUGUUUCCUUCGGCGACCGCCAAUGGGCCUGAUGCCCAAGCAAUUGCCAGGAAACUAUGGAGAGAAGCUCGCGUUGAUAUGCUUCGUGUCAUAAAUCGACCAUGCUAUCGGUCAAUGCUCACUUUGUACCUCUUUGGCUUUACUCCAAUACCCGACGGAAUAACAGACGAAGAAGAGCUGGACGGUGUCACUGCCCAAGUCUGCAUCCAAGCUGCAUUGCAACAGGUCUACUCUUUACGAGUCCGCCAAAAGAGCAUCCAGUUCUCCGGAUCCAAGUUUUCCCCCACCGUGAUGACCAGGACUUUUACGUCCAGUCCUGACCGCAGCUUCAUCAUUGCGGAGAAUAUCGUCCACUGGGCUACUUUGACGUUCGAUACUUCGGCAUCACUGACACUGAGUUCGAGACCGAUGUUAUCGUCUGGCAUCUUAAGUUACACAGAUCUCUCUUGGUCCCUUGUCAAGUCAUGUGCAGAGCUCUUCCAUGCAAUGACCCAAGAGUGGCAUGCGAUAGGUCUUCCCAUGACGGACGCUCAGGCAAGCCAGGUCACGGCAUCUGGAAAUGCGUUCAAGUUACUCCUGUGGAAGCUGUGUGCAGUAUUCCGAGAGGCUUUGAGGGACGGGCAUGAUGAAGCAGUGGUGAACAAGAUACAUGGGACGAUACUUGACGCGAUAGAUCAGUUUAACAGAACCUACAGAACUCCGUUGGACGCAUGCUAUCGGAGGAUGUCAGCAUUCAGCCAGGAGACCAAGCUACGUUACCACGACCUUGAACUCCACAUCACCUUGGCAAUCCUCCUCAUGACUGAUGCAGUUGAAACACAGCAUUCGAACCUGCUCACGCCACUCAUAGAUGCUCGAACGAAUGCCGAACUUCACGGAUUCAAGGCUCUAGUUUUUGGACAGGAAACCAUGUACAGCCUACGCCACGGUUCAGGUCCGCCCUCAGAUCCGCGAUCUACUGAUGAGGUCAAUGAGGUUGUUAGUGUUCCUCUGCUGUCAAUCGACCCGUAUCCGCAUCACGCUGUCGCUUCAGUCCAGCUCUUGCGCCGAGCUAUUGAUCGAGAUCUCGCCACGAACAAGUUGGAUGAAGAAGCCCACGCCAAGUUACUUGCUGUCUUGGCGCGGACGUUGGAGCUUCUCCCAGAUAGUUCAAAGUCCGUCCAAGCCGCAAGGAAACAAGCCUUAUCUCAAAACGCGGAAGGAUAG